GACAGCCGUGGCUUCCCAGGCCAGGCUCGCUCUGAGUCCCUUCUUGGGGACGUGCCCUUCACGCCACGGGCUUGGUGAAUGUUUGUGCAUGCAGUAUUCAUCAAGCCCACCCCUACUCAGGGACUGAAUCUGGUCAAGGUCUCUUCUGGGAAGAGACCCUUCUGGUGGGAGAGGCAGGUAAGGGGAAUCUGGGCUCUGCUCUCCGGCCAGAUGGCUCUUAACGAUUGCAUGAUAAAAUGUGCAGCUUCCUGCUUCUGUCCUCGCGCCACUACAGUGCCCUUUCUGUUUUUAAGGAAAGAAGGAUUGUCCAAAUGUGGAAGAUGCAAGCAGGCAUUUUACUGCAAUGCGGAGUGUCAGGGAAUGGAUGCAUCCUAAGAGCCUGAAGACAGGAAUGGCGGACGUUUGUGUAAGCAAACCUGUUACAGAGUGAGUCUUAACUGUUCUGGUUAGCUGCGAACGCUUCCUUAAUACGGAGGAUCAGAAUGUUGAGCUGCGGAGGGAGGUACUUCUUGGUCACCCCAGCAGAGAGAAGAUUGGCUCAUGCACAAGUUGGAGUGCUCUCCCAUGGUUGUUUUUGGGGAAAACUGGAACCCCUCAGAGACUGUCAGGCUAACAGCAAGGAUUCUGGCCAAACAGAAAAUCCACCCAGAGAGAACUCCGUCAGAGAAGUUGUUAGCUGUGAAGGAGUUUGAAUCACAUCUGGAUAAGUUAGACAGUGAGAAGAAAGACUUGAUCCAGAGUGACAUUGCUGCUCUCCAUCACUUUUACUCCAAGCACCUAGAGUUUCCCGACACUGAGAGCCUGGUAGUGCUUUUUGCACAGGUUAACUGUAAUGGCUUCACAAUUGAAGAUGAAGAGCUUUCUCAUUUGGGAUCUGCAAUAUUUCCUGAUGUUGCGUUGAUGAAUCACAGCUGCUGCCCCAAUGUGAUUGUGACCUACAAGGGGACCCUGGCCGAAGUGAGAGCCGUGCAGGAGAUCAGUGCAGGAGAUGAGGUGUUCACCAGCUACAUUGACCUCCUGUAUCCAACAGAAGAUAGGAAUGACCGGUUACAAGAUUCCUAUUUCUUCACCUGUGAGUGCCGGGAAUGUACCACCAAAGACAAGGAUAAGGCCAAGGUGGAAAUCCGGAAGCUCACCGAUCCCCCAAAGGCAGAAGCCAUCCGUGACAUGGUCAGAUAUGCCCGGAAUGUCAUCGAGGAAUUCCGGAAAGCCAAGCACUACAAAUCCCCUAGUGAGCUCCUGGAGAUCUGCGAGCUCAGCCAGGAGAAGAUGAGCUCGGUGUUCGAAGACAGUAACGUGUACAUGUUGCACAUGAUGUACCAGGCCAUGGGCGUCUGCUUGUACAUGCAGGACUGGGAGGGAGCCCUGCGCUAUGGACGGAAGAUCAUUAAGCCCUACAGUAAGCAUUAUCCUUUGUACUCCCUCAACGUGGCCUCCAUGUGGCUGAAGCUCGGAAGACUGUACAUGGGGCUGGAGAACAAGGCUGCGGGAGAGAAGGCGCUGAAGAAGGCCAUCGCCAUCAUGGAAGUAGCUCACGGCAAAGAUCACCCCUACAUCUCCGAGAUCAGACACGAAAUUGAAAGCCACUGAAACCACGCUGCCUCUUAGUUUUUAUUUAAAUUCUAGCGCACAAACCUUGAAGAAUUGGAAUGUUUCAAAUCUCACACAUCACUCCAGCUUUUCUGUAAACAAAAUGGAUUGAAAACACUACAUGCGCUUAAACCAUUGCUUUCUUGGAGAUUGGUCUUCAUCUUUAACCUUAAUAUCAAAUUAAUUUCUGAGUGCUAUUUUUCCCUAAGAGAUAUGGCAUGGUUUCGUGUAUAUACUUUGGACAGGUUGCAUUUAAAAGAUGCAGUUAUUUUUUCCUUUGUGCCUGUUGUUUGGAUAGAUUUUUAAAAAUAUAAUUAUUUUCCCCUUCAUGCCUAUUGUAAUGUUCUGAACAAACCUGAACGGUGGCGGACAAUAAAAAAGAUAACAGUACUUGGGAUUGGCGUUUCGUUCUUUCUGCGGGGAGGAUUGCCAAAGCGGUGGUGGAGCUCACCCUUGGAGUGGAAGUGAUACUUGUUCUGGACACACCAGUGACCCCAGGCGUCCUCUCAGCUGGUGGGGAUAGGGCCUCCGCAGUCUGCAGGUGGUAUGACACCUGAGGAGGGAUGGGAGAGAGAAGGUGCCAGAAGGAAAGAAAGGUAUCUGGGCGAGAAUGAUCAGGUGACUAGAAUGCCCCCAACCCUCAUCCGAGAGCAUGCCUUGUAAUUCUGUCCAGGGCCCGGUAUCCCUGAAAUGCAGAAAAGGUGCUUAAUGCGAGCUUGGCUUUCUUGGAUUUUUUUAGUCUGUCUGAAAGCAAACGUUCCGUCGCGCAUUCUCGAUUGUUCUGAGCAGUACUCUCCUUGUUUGGAAAGACUCCAGGGAA